AAUCGACGGUUGCAGUCAGAAUCCCGAUCCCCAAAGAGUAACUCGCAACCAUGAAUCAAUAUUUUUCUCAGAACUUGAUCAUUCAGUUUUACUUGUAAUCGAUGAUGUUUAUGGAAUCCAAACGUAAAUCGGCGGCAUCUUCUCCGGCCAUCAAUGACUCAGAUCAUUGGAACUUUCUGGAAGAAAUUGAAGCGCCGAUGUGGGCGGAUCUCAGCGUUUGUGAUUCGACCAAUGACGAGACGUAUCUCCUUUUUCUUUAUGAUGACUCAUGGUUCAACAUAAGCCAUGAGUUCCAUCAGUGCUCUUCGCGCCAGUUAAUCUCUACUGUUUUCGGUCCUGCAAACUCGAUAAACAUACAAGAACCAACGUCUCCAAAGCUCCCAGCCUCGGUCUCAAAAUCAAGAGGCAAAAACUACAAAAUUAAACAGUGGGAACAAAGAAAGGGUAAAGCCAUCCCCAACAAGCAACAUCCGGUCAAAACGUUAACUAAAGGGUCUUCUAUAAGCAUGGGAUCGAAAAACAAGAUGAAGCCCAUUUCCAAAACUGGAAAAACAAAAGAAAAUCAGGGAGUGAAAGCAUGUUCAAGUGGUGGAAAUAAUACGAGCGAACUUGCUGACAACGCUACGUCAAAAUCAAGCUCGGUUUCUAUUGGAAAACGAGAAGAUGAUAACAGUUCAAGUAGCACUCUGACAUCUGAUCACAGUAGACACCAAGAAAAGAAGUGUUUUGAGGUAUCUUUCCACACGUCAAGCCAAAGUAGUCAACUUUUGUCAUCGCUGAAGAUCAAUCUUAGAAAAAGUUGUGCAACAAGACCAGCUGCGAGGGUGGUGAUAGCUGAUGGUGAGAGGUGCUCAGAAGGCGGUUCAAGUAACUCAAGUGUGGGCCCCCCUUCAAUUAAGAAAUGCAGUCUUGGAGAUGCACAAAACAAACUCAAAAUUCUAAAGGCCCCUGCUUUAACUGCCGGACGUUCAUCUAAUAUACGAGGAAGUAAUAUGCUCGCUUCCAAAGUAACAACCAAAGGAAAGGUUCAACAGACCGCAUCAGUUGGUAAGGUUUUGAUGCCACGAAACAUUAAUAAACAAAAUCGAAGUAUUGGUAAAGAAAACGAAAGAGUAGGUAUUGGAAGGCGUGCUGCUUCUCUGGCUAUUAUUAAAGAAACAACAUCAGCAACAAUGGCUACAUCUCCGAAAGACAAAUCUAGUGUUAACAAAGCUCAGCCCAUUGGGCGUGUACAUAAAGCUUCUAAGGAACGUAUGACACAGAAGAAUGGAGCUAAAAAGCCGAUUGGUCUAAAGGAAAAGACAGCCAACAUAAGCAGAGAUAAGGAUACAGCCAAACCGGCAAGAAAGGUCUACUUUCGGUAGCAGAAUUUGUUAAAAGUGUAUAGUGCAACGUCUUUUUUGGUUGAUAUCAGGGUUAAGAGUUUCUUGGUGAUGUGAUGUUCACAUUUUGAUCUUGAAUUGACAUGUGUGCCAAAGUAUAGUAGUUGGGAGGGAUACAAUUUUGUUCUCACUUGGUAGUAUUCUUAAUCCCAUUUAUUGUUCACUCACAUUUUACAUAUGCCAA